AUGAAUUCAAGUGUGUCAAUGCAGGGGGAAGGAAGCAUUUUCCAAGAUCAUGACGUAGCUGCACAGCUCAAUAACAAGAACACACAAAAGUUAAUAGACAAGCUUGCUAAAGCAAAAACCAGAAGAAUAUUCCUGCUUAAGUGCAAACAGUAUAGAUUAUGCCCAACAUUUUUAAAGCUGAAAACAGAUCAUAUUGUAUACGAUUGCGGAUAUCUCACUGACAAAUAUGAGAAACUAAAAAACAACUUCAUCUUCCGGACGAUAAACUUGUUGAUAACAGACACGACCAAAAUAAUAAAUAGGUUAGAGGGUAAGAUCCACACAAUACUCAACGAAUUCGAAAACAUCAAGGGAAAAAAUUCGAGAAACAUCCAAGAAAGACAUGUGAACCAUAAAUUGAAGUAUACAAUAGACCAACAUAAAACCAUUCAUGACAGAAAAAUCCAGAAAAUGAUAAAUUCGCAGAAAAAUUGUAAACAGAUAAAUAAAGAAACAACGAGAAUAGUUAACUUAACACAGACAAAACUACCUGAAUUCGUGACAGAAACACUCAACUUGGGCCCCAAAUAUGCUAUAGAGGUAGACAGAGAGAGAGAAAUUCCAGUUUUCGAUAUAAUUGCACAAAUAGAAAGUUCAAUCGAAGAAUUGCCUAGGGAAGAUCAAGACCACAUCCGAACAAACAUAACACAAACUCUCAAUACAUACAAAAAACAAUUGAAGGGUAGAUCACAAAAGAAAAAUAUUGUCAAAUCAAACUUCAUGAAAACAAAAACAUUUUUGAAAAACAACAACGAUUUACAGGUUAUCAGAGCAGACAAAGGCAAUAAAGUAGUAAUAAUAACCAAGGAUGAAUAUAACAAAAAAAUGCAAGAACUCUUAGAUGACAAAACAACCUACAAAGGUAUGAAACGAGAUAUGACUGUGACAAUGGAAAAAAAGAACAACAAAAUAGUCAAAGAUUGGUUACAAGAGAAAUACAUCACAGCACAAGAAGCAAAAACUAUGAUUGUCCACAACAGUAAAAUAUCAAAAAUGUAUGGAUUACCAAAAGUCCACAAGGAGAACAUACCACUGAGGCCAAUAGUCUCAUUCAUACAAUCACCAUUGUAUAAGUUGUCAAAAUAUAUGGCUAACAUCCUUUCAAAGGUAACAAACACUAAUCCUUACUAUAUAAAAAACUCAUUUCAUCUAAAAGAGUCACUAAAAAACAUCAAAAUACAAAAUGACCACCGAUUAUACUCAUUGGAUGUGAAGUCACUUUAUACAAACAUUCCCAUCGACUUGACGAAGCAGGCAAUUGAAAAAAAUUGGGAAAAAAUAUCACAGUUCACAAAAAUACCCAAAGAAAAAUUUAUAGAAACUAUUCAAUUCAUCAUGAACAACAGUUAUUUUCAAUACGAGGAUAGCUUCUACAAACAAAUCAAAGGAGUUGCCAUGGGUAACCCUGUGUCUAGCCCUGUAGCCCAGUUAGUCAUGGAAUUAAUUGAAGAAAAAAUCAUGGAACAAUAUGGAACAACAUUUUACAAAAGAUAUGUGGAUGAUGGUAUAAUUAUCACAACACCAGACGAAAUUACUAAGAUCCUACACCAUUUCAAUAAUAUCCAUGAAUCAUUAGAAUUCACACUGGAGGAGGAAAGUAACAACAGCAUAAACUUUCUGGAUAUGACAAUUGUGAGAGGAAAUGGAGAGCUUUUGACACAGUGGUACAGAAAGGAACAAAAUUCCAUUCACAUCUUGGACUUCAAUUCUAAUCACCACCAAUCCCAGAAAAAGAGUAGAGCAAUAGGAUAUAUUGACAGAGCGCUAAAGCUGACAUCACCAGUACUGCGAGAAAGGACAUUAACAGAUGUGGAGGAACUAUUGUUCACCAACAACUACCCUAAGAUUAUGGUUCAGAAACUUAUAAAACAAAGAACACACAGACUAUACAAUACGCAAGAAAAAGAAAAAUCCACAACUGACAACACUAAACGGAUACCCCUACCAUUCAUCCAGGGUCUGUCACAGAAAAUUAACAACAUCAUGAAACCUUUUAAGAGAGAACUAGUUCACAAACCACAAAAUCAAAUAGGCCAGAUUUUCAGUAAGAUUAAAGCUUCAACACCAAAAAUGAAAAAGUCACAGGUGAUAUACAGUGUGCCAUGCCGAGAUUGUGACAAACAAUACAUAGGUCAGACUUCACAAAGACUUCAAGACCGAUUAAACGCACAUAAAUACACAAAAAACGCGAGCACAGCACUGAAUAAGCAUAAGAAAACACAAAAACACGACUUUAAUUACGAGGACACCAAAAUUUUAGCAAUCGAACCUCAACAAAAUAAAAGAGAAAUUUUGGAAAUGAUUCAUAUUCAAAUGGCAGACGAGAACACAGUGAAUGACAGAUUAGACACAAAAAUCUGA